AUGUGGUCGGUCUACCGAGGCCACCACCACCUGGACGAGCUGAAAUGGCAUGCCAAGUAUGGCAAAAUCGUGCGUGUAGCGCCGAACCUGGUAGCGAUAUCCGACGUGGAUGAAAUCAACCAGAUAUUCGGCAUUGGCACCAAGUUCAUCAAAUCUCCAUUCUAUGAUCUUUCAGCUGUCUAUGAUGAGGAAGGCCUGGUCCCGGAUCCGUUCGUAAUUCGACAUGACAAAGGACUCCACUCGCGCAUGAAGCGCAACGCUGCCAAUGCAUACAGUAUGAAUGGGUUGGUACAGUUCGAACCAUGGAUCAACACCGUCAUGGACCGAUUGGUCGCCAUUCUGGACAGGAAUGCCUCAUCUGGAACAGUCUGCGACUUGGAAAACCUGCUGAAGAUGUUCGCCAUGGACGCUGUGUGCACUUUGACCAUGGGGCGAGACCUCUCUUACAUGGAAAAAGGUGACCAUCUUGGCUUCUUUCCAACUCUCGAUCUCUUCACCAGUUACAUGUCUAUUAUGGGCCAUGUCCCUUGGCUGCAUCCAGUCUUGUUGGGCAACCCAACAAUCGCAAAGUACAUGACAGGUAGUGAUAAAUCUGGCACGGCCUUAUUUGACCUGGCAACCAAGGAGCUUGAGAGAACGCGGCGUGAGCCUCCCGUAGAGGAUGCGCCCAUGACGUUUUUGGCCCGAUUAGGCCUCAAUCAGGACGCGAAUCCCAAGUCGAUUACAGAUCGUGAGAUCAUCACUCACGCCUUUGGGAAUCUCUCAGCCGGUUCCGACACCACGGCCGCCGCUAUGAGAUCCGUCUUCUACAACAUUCUCCGCACCCCCCGAGCUUACGCGCGGUUGGCGAAAGAUGUCAGGGAGAACCUACAGCUGCCAGUCACUUUUACCAAGGCAUACGCAAUCCCUUACCUACGAGCAGUCAUUCAAGAAGCUAUGCGCUUACAUCCUUCUGUUGGUCAACUGCUUGGUCGAGUGGUACCUCCAACAGGAGCCACAAUAGGCAAGUACUACCUGGCACCGGGGACAGAGGUCGGUAUGUCUCCAUGGGUGGUUCAUCGCGACCCGGAUAUUUUCCCAGAUCCUGAUGCAUUCAUCCCGGAGAGAUGGCUUGUCGGUGAAAACGGCACAACCGAGGCUCAGCUUCGCCGAAUGGAACGAUCGUUUCUUGCAUUCGGUCAUGGAUCGCACACAUGCAGUGGCAAGCAUAUCAGCAUCAUGGAGGUCACCAAAUUGGUUGGAACACUUAUUUUAAAAUAUGAUAUGGAAUACGUUAAGAUUGGGGGAGGUUACACAUUUGUGAAUCACUGGUUUACAUCCCAGACUGGUUUGAAUGUAGUGUUCCACCACGUUCAAGAAAGCAACGCUUAG